GCCAGACUUCGCAUGCCUAAGGAGCAACUAGAACUCUUAAAGAAGGAAAGCCAGACUUUGGAGAACAAUUUUCGUGAAAUUCUGAUUUUAAUUGAACAAAUAGAUGUUCUGAAGGCAUUGCUUAGAGACCUGAAGGACGGCAUACACAAUCACAGCUGGCCUGUCCCCCGAGAGGCUGUGCAGGACAAGGCUACCACUGAGGUUCUAGAUGAGGAAAUGUCAAACUUGGUACAUUAUGUACUUAAAAAGUUCAGAGGGGACCAAAUACAGAUGGCUGAUUAUGCCCUGAAGUCAGCUGGAGCCUCUGUCAUUGAAGCUGGGACCUCAGAAAGUUACAAAAACAAUAAAGCGAAACUGUACUGGCACGGGAUAGGGUUCCUCAAUUAUGAGACACCACCAGACAUGAUUCUUCAGCCAGAUGUCCACCCUGGAAAGUGCUGGGCCUUUCCAGGCUCCCAGGGUCAUAUCCUGAUCAAGCUAGCCAGGAAGAUCAUCCCGACAGCAGUUACCAUGGAGCACAUCUCAGAGAAGGUGUCCCCCUCAGGAAAUACCUCGAGCGCACCCAAGGAUUUCUCUGUCUAUGGCAUUCUGAAAAAAUGUGAAGGAGAAGAAAUGCUCCUAGGCCAGUUUACGUAUAACAAAACGGAAACAACCAUUCAAACAUUCGAGCUCCAGAAUGCAGCGUCUGAGUCUUUGUUAUGUGUGAGACUUCAAAUCCUCAGCAACUGGGGACAUCCAAAGUAUACUUGUUUGUACAGAUUCAGAGUCCAUGGCAUCCCCAGUGAUCACACUUAGAGGAGCUGGUGCAGAAGGUGGCAGCCGUGCAGGCAGAAUGUCCAAGGAUGCUUGCCAUUCCCUUACAUCAGAUUGUACCCCUAAGAACCAAAGAUUUGGAGUGAGAGGGAAGCCUCACACUCACCCCUACUAGGCAGUAAGAAGUAAAUGGAUUUUACUAAUAAAAAAAUGAAAGUCAAUUCAACACCUUCUGGUAGUUCACUCUGAGCAUCCAGAGGUGAUUUUGUAUUUAGAAGAGGGUCUCACUGGGAACCCACCACAGCUUCUGCACUUUAAGUUGUUUGUCCUCCACAUCAGGCACAAUGCCCACUAUCACCACUGUUAACCAACCCUGAGCUACAGGCUCUGGGCCGUGGAAGUGGAGAAGCCCCAGAUAAUGUUUAAGUUAGAAAUAAAAGUCAACAGCAAGUUCUGGCCGUGAACGUUUGCAGAUGAUUUGAUGGACUCCUCAGAAUUCAGUACUGUCCCUUUAAAAAUUACAAACGGGCCAGCCACAUGGCUCAGCUGGGAAAGGCCCUUUGGGGCCAAGUCUGAUGAUCUAAGUUCAGUCCUCAGAACAUACAUGGUGGAAGGAGAGAUCCAGCUCUCC